AUGUCCGAAUCAAGUCUGCAACUGGAUCUUACAGCGCCCAAUGGCCGGCAGAUAUCUCUCAAUCGAGGGCUGUUUAUUGACAACAAGUUUGUCUCGUCAACUGGAGGCGAGAGUUUGAGCCCUAUCGAUCCCACUACUGAAGUAGAAAUCUGUCAAGUUGAUGCGGCAAACGAGGACGAUAUCGAUCGCGCUGUCAAAGCAGCUCAGCGAGCCCUUAAUAACCCGUCAUGGCGCGACAUCUCGGGCACCGAGAGAGGAUCGAUGAUGACAAGGCUUGCAGACCUCAUGGAACAGAACCUCUUGGCUCUAGCGACCCUAGAGUCUUGGAACGCCGGCAAACCAUACACUUCGGUCCUCAACUUCGAACUUCCUGCUGCCAUCGGUUGCAUCCGUUACUAUGCCGGCUGGGCGGACAAGCUUCAUGGCCAGACGAUCCCGACGCAUUCCAAAAAGUUUGCCUAUACUGUCAAGCAACCUAUUGGAGUCUGUGGCCAGAUAAUUCCCUGGAACUAUCCCGUGUUGAUGGCGGCGUGGAAGCUGGGUCCGGCUCUUGCGACGGGAAACACGAUUGUGUUGAAGCCAGCCGAGCAAACGCCUCUUUCUAUGCUGUACGUGGCAGACCUGGUUGUUCGCGCUGGAUUCCCGCCUGGCGUUCUUAAUAUUGUCAACGGCUAUGGAAGGACUGCCGGUCAUGCCCUUGUGUCUCAUCCCAGAGUGGCCAAGAUUGCAUUCACUGGAUCGACAAUCACAGGUCGACUCAUCCAACAGACAGCAGGAGCUACGUUGAAAAAGGUCACACUUGAAACCGGCGGCAAGUCACCUCUUCUCGUGUUCAACGACGCCGACAUUGAGCAAGCAGCAAAGUGGGCGCACUGUGGAAUCAUGAGCAACCAAGGGCAAAUCUGCACAGCAAACUCCAGACUGUUGGUUCAGUCGGGAGUAUACAAGCAGUUUAUCAAGAGGUUCGUUGAACUUGUCGAGGCUCAUAAGGUUGGAAAUCCUUUUCAUGACGACACUUUUCAGGGCCCCCAGAUCACCAAGUCACACCUAGAAAAGAUUCUGUCUUAUGCCAAAGGUGCUGUUGAGGAGGGUGCCAGGCUGGAGACUGGAGGAGAUAAAUGGGGAGAGAAGGGAUUUUUCAUGCAGCCCACCGUCUUCUCCGACGUCUCUCCAAGCAUGAAGAUCUUCCGUGAGGAAAUUUUCGGGCCUGUAGUGGCCAUUUCAUCGUUUGACGAGGAAGAGGAAGCCAUCAGUAUGGCCAAUGACAGUGAGUUUGGCCUGGCGGCGUCUGUCUUUACUCGAGACAUGCAGCGGUCACAUAGGGUCUCGACGCGGCUCGACGCCGGUAUGGUGUGGGUGAAUUCGUCUACGGACUCGGACUUUCGGGUUCCGUUUGGGGGGAUGAAGCAGAGCGGGGUUGGGAGGGAACUAGGUGAAGCUGGUCUAGAGGGGUACAUGCAGGUCAAGUCGGUUCAUGUCAAUGUGGGUUUAGAAUUGUGA